CCCAUUCUCCACCAAUAUCCACAAAUUCACAUAUAUUCCCUCCUCUCCACUAUUUACCAUGGCUUCUGCAAUUUCAAUUCGCCAGCCUGCCCAAAUUUAUGAGCAAGAAGCCCAGCACGAGACUUUGUUAUCGAAGCUAAAACUGUAUGAGAUAAUGCUCGGCUCAGCGAAGCCCAUGGCUCUCAGAGCUGCUGUUUUGCUGAAUAUUCCGGACAUAAUUGCCCAGGCCUCAGGCUCUCUUACCCUAGAAGAAAUUGCUGCCCAUAUUUCAGCCUCCACUGAAAGCCCACCUCACAUAGAAUAUCUGUUUCGUCUUCUGAGAUUUCUAGCCUCCCACAAAAUCUUUAGUGAGAUCCCGCACCAGGAGGACUUCAAGCAAUCUAGAUAUGGCCUUACAGGCCUUUCUAGAUUGCUUGUUAAAGAAACAAGUGAAGGUGGUGUGUCCAUGCUAAAUUAUGUUCCAUUUUUGUUGGGAGCCACCAGCAAUCUUCCCUUCCAAGGAUGGCUGCAUCUACAUGAGUCUGUGUUAGAAGGUGGCAGUGCCUUCGAUAAGGCUUUUGGUAUGAGUGCUUGGGACUAUGCUGCAAACAAUCCUGAAUUGAACAAGACAUUUAACGAGGGCAUGUCUUGUGACACUCGUGCUGUGAUGGCAUCUGUUGUGAAGGUUUAUGAGGAGGGUUUUAAGAAGAUAACUUCUUUGGUUGAUGUAGCUGGAGGUGUGGGAUCUGCCUUGUCUAUCAUUGUGGAGAAUUACAAACAUAUUAGAGGAAUUAAUUUUGAUCUGCCUCAUGUCAUCGCUACUGCACCUUCUAUUCCUGGAGUAGAGCAUGUGAGUGGCAACAUGUUUGAGCAUAUUCCUUCAGCCGAUACAAUUUUUAUGAAGUGGAUUUUGCAUGAUUGGGAUGAUGACGAUUGUGUAAGAAUAUUGAAAAGGUGCUAUGAGGCCAUCCCAAAUAAUGGGAAAGUUGUGAUUGUGGAUGCUCUUGUUGUGGAAACUGAAAACGAUGAAGAUGAACAAGAAAAAUGUCUAAGGGAUGUGGGAUUAGCACUCGAUAUGACAAUGAUGUUAUUCACUGGUGGAAAAGAGAGAACAAAGAUGGAAUUCAAAAAAAUUAUCAUGAAAGCAGGUUUCAAAAGCUACACCAUCUUCAAAUUGCCAUUUGUUCAAGCCAUUAUUGAGGUUUCUAAAUACUAAAUUAACAGUUAUACAAUACAUUAUUAUAAUAAUUGGUUUAGAACCAUAUUAAAAUAUUGUCUAAAAUCCACAUUAGAUUUGUAAUGUAUUAGAUGUGUUUAGUCACAUUGAAUAUUUAUUUGGACCCCCUUAUAAAUUUGUAUGUGACAUUUGAUAUAUAUUUCAUAUUGAAAAAAAAUAAUAUGAAAAAGUAAACGUUGGGGUUAA